CAAGACAACUCAAGCACAUUCUGUCAUCAUCUACUUAUAAAGCUGGCUUCACGCACAGUUCUCGGCCACUAUAUUACUUGAGGACAUUUUUACACAUAGCAGCCGCACAUACAAUCCAAUCUAUAGAAUCCGCGGCCCAAACGUGACACAUUGCCCCAACCGUCCAAUACCUCUCCACACCGACAAAAAGGGCUUCCAGGGGCGUAAACAAAGGGCCUACGUCGGAUUAUUAAUUCCACGAAUUUUCCAACAAAGGACGAGCUAGAGAGUCACAUUUGGCACGUGUGAUCAUGGGUGGCUCAAUAUCCCGUAUCUUGUCUUCGCUGUUCUCGAAAAAGGAGAUUAGAAUAUUAAUCCUUGGCCUGGACAAUGCUGGCAAGACAACUUUACUCUGGCGCCUAAAGAUUGGCGAGGUUGUUACCACGACACCGACAAUCGGCUUCAACAUUGAAUCAGUAACAUAUAACAACUUGAACUUUACUGUUUGGGAUUUGGGAGGCCAGACAUCAAUUCGACCAUACUGGAGGUGUUACUAUGCAGAUACGGCUGCAGUCAUUUUCGUCAUCGACUCUACAGACAUCGAUCGGAUAGGAACGGCUGCCGAGGAACUGGCAGCAAUGUUGCAUGAAGAAGAAUUGCGUGACGCGGCAUUGCUUGUCUUUGCCAACAAGCAGGAUCAGCCUGGCGCCAAAGGUGCCGGCGAGAUAUCUGAAGCACUGAAACUAGGAGAAUUACGAGACCGGAACUGGAGCAUUGUUGCUUGUUCGGCAGUAGAUGGAAGGGGCAUCAACGAUGGCAUGGACUGGCUGGCGCAAACGGUCCAAUCCGAUUCAUGACCAUGCAAUACAUUGAAGAUUUAGCAGAUGAGAAAUUUGUAUAGCGAUUUCAUAUUAAUACUGUAAUUGAUGGGGUUCAUUUAUCCAGUUUUGUGUGGAUGGGAUACGGCGAUCGUUUCUAAUUUCCAUGGCAUGUCAAACAUUCCAUUCAUAUUUCUUGCAAACUCAUUACAGGGCCAUUGUUCGUCUUCUAUAAAGUGUAACAGACUUAUUUAUAAAACGUUCAGCCCUUCUUAUGCAAGGAUGCCCAUGGAUAAUAGUAAGAAAACACGCUCUAGGUUGUUAAAGUACAAGGAACGCCAAAAUGAUCUCAUAAAACGCCCAUGCGCAAAUCGGGACUAAAGAUAGUGUGAAGAGAAAAACACUGGACUCUAUACUGUCUUGAGAGCAAAGGCAAAGAGGCUGUCCAUGGCAACCCAUUGCCUUCCGCACUUGUCCAAGUACUUCUGAACG